GCUGGUUUGGGAGGGGCGACGGAAGUGACGUCACGCAGGCAACGCGACAGGAGGAGCCGAAGGCGCAGCCCGGCAGAACCGCUUCCGGGGUCAGAGGUGGGCGUGUAGUCGGUGUAGAGGUGGUCACGAUGCUGAUUAAAGUGAAGACCCUAACUGGCAAAGAGAUUGAGAUUGACAUAGAACCCACAGACAAGGUGGAGAGAAUAAAGGAGCGAGUAGAAGAAAAAGAAGGCAUCCCUCCCCAACAGCAGCGGCUGAUCUACAGUGGCAAGCAGAUGAACGACGAGAAAACUGCAGCCGACUACAAGAUCCAAGGUGGGUCGGUGCUUCAUCUGGUCUUGGCGCUGCGAGGGGGAGACCUGCGAUGAUGGACCUUCUGCCCUCUCCCCCAAGCCCCACAAAGCACAGACCCCUCCCGCCCCGUCUGCGCGUGCCAGAAGCCAUUAGCAACCCUCCUACACUCCUCCUGGUUCCAGGACGAUGGCCUCUCCCUCCCGGGAUGCUUCCGCAAGCUGUCAUUUGAGGGAGGCGCUGUUGAGGAGGGUGUGCCCUUGUAGGGGGGCACAGCCACCCCCAUGGCCCCCAUUCUCUUCCACCCCAGCAAGUUCUUAGGAGCGACUUGUUCGUCUGCUGUUUGUUUGUUUUUUGGCACCCGUGUUGAAAUGUUACCCCCCUGACCCGCAUUGGAAUGGCUGAAUGUUCAAUAAAGGUCUUUCAUAACCUU